CACUUCCCCUCCACAAAUCAAAUUUAUGAAUUAUCUUCUAUGAUCUAUCCAAAUUUCUGUGUUUCAUCCCCAUCCCCACGUUAACCAAAACCAUUUUUUUCUUAAUAACCCUAAAAUCACUCCAAAAUUUGAAAAAGAUUACCCUGCACAAUGAUAAUAAACCUCUCUUCUUCUCCCCCUGCUUCUUCUUCUUCUUCGUUAGCUUCAUGCCUCAGUAGAUUAGCAAGUUCGAAGGCACCCAUUUCAGAAUUCCCUCUAAGAAGCAAAUCCCAGAUUUCAAAAUCCUCACUUCACUGCUCUUUUUCUUCUCUACGCUUAUUCAAGAAUGGGGGGAGGAGGAAAAGGUUCAAGCUUCAGGCAAUAGGAGGGCUGGAUUUUGGUGGGUUUGAGGGUGCCCAGUCAGUUCUUGAGGCAGCUGGAGUGUUGACCGCUAUCAUCAUAGUUCAUGAAAGCGGUCACUUCUUGGCCGCUUAUCUCCAGGGAAUUCAUGUAAGUAAGUUCGCGGUUGGGUUUGGUCCAAUUUUAGCUAAGUUCAAUUCCAAGAAUGUGGAGUAUUCAAUUAGAGCAUUUCCUUUAGGUGGUUUUGUUGGGUUCCCUGAUAAUGAUCCUGAUAGUGAUAUCCCACCAGAUGAUAAGAAUCUGCUAAAAAAUAGGCCUAUUUUUGAUAGAGUGCUUGUAAUUUCAGCUGGAGUGAUUGCUAAUAUAGUGUUUGCUUAUGUUAUAAUCUUCACACAAGUCCUCUCAGUUGGAUUGCCAGUGCAAGAGGCCUUCCCUGGUGUGCUGGUACCAGAUGUUAGGCCAUUUUCUGCGGCUAGCCGAGAUGGCAUAAUCCCUGGGGAUGUCAUUCUAGGGGUUAAUGGAAUUGAACUUGGGAAAACUGGGCCUAAUUUGGUGUCUGAGGUUGUUGAUGUUAUUAAGAAUAGCCCGAAAAGAAGUGUGUUGCUUAAGAUAGGGAGGGGAGAGCAAAAUGUUAAUGUUUAUGUUACUCCUGAUAUGAAUACAGAUGGUACUGGUCGAAUUGGAGUACAGUUAACCCCGAACUAUAAGCUUUCGAAGGUUAGCCCUAGGAAUAUAUUUGAAGUUUUCAGCUUCUCGGGGCGUGAGUUUUGGGGACUCACAUAUAAUGUGUUGGACAGCUUGAAACAGACGUUUUUAAACUUCUCUCAAUCUGCUAGCAAGGUUUCUGGUCCGGUUGCUAUUAUUGCUGUUGGUGCUGAGGUUGCAAAAUCGAAUAUAGAUGGUCUAUACCAAUUUGCUGCGGUUUUGAACCUUAACCUUGCAGUGAUAAACCUUCUUCCUUUGCCUGCUUUGGAUGGGGGUUCAUUGGCUUUGAUUCUCAUAGAAGCAGCUAGGGGUGGGCGGAAGCUUCCUUUAGAAUUAGAGCAGCGGAUUAUGUCAUCUGGAAUCAUGUUUGUCAUAAUUCUUGGACUAUUCCUUCUGGUGCGGGACACACUAAAUCUUGACUUCAUAAGGGAUUUAUUGUGAUGAUUCGGCAAAAUGUUUCCCCGAUAGCUUUGGGCUUGGAAAACGUCUGAUUGUAAAUGCACAUACAUGCCUCGAAGGCAAAAGAGUUGCCUAUGGUGAGUUGAUUUAAACCUUUGUCUCCUAAAUAUUCAAUGGCAGGAAGCUCUUGACCUCAUCUCGGUCCUUGAUUGUGAUCCAACGAUGGACACAGAUUUAAAGUGUACUAGUAGUUCACUGCACUAAACGUGGAGAAUUGAGCUAGGUCUCCACCAUAUGAUACUUUACCUGCAUAUUUGUACCAUUAAAACCCUUUACAUUUACAUUUUUAUGGAUCACAUUGAGUCUGAAUACUUGGAAUAGAUUGUUCCUCUCAAAUCUUUUGAUAAUCGUCUCCAUGAUUGUCUAUCUGUUGACCAUAAAAACCUGACAUAUUGUUUACUAUAUCAUCAAUUCUUGACUUGAAAA